AUGCAUCGGCCGCGAGCCAGCGCUGCCGUACUUGGGACAUGGAGGGCGUCCGGGGCUACCUUCGCUCCAAUCCAGGCGGGACAGAUGGCCUCUAGCCGGCUCAUCCUCCGGACUCCGAUUGCGCGCAUCUUCCCCCAAACCGCGGGGGGCUCGCCCAUGCUUCUGUCUGCCACGGCAGUACUUCCCUCGCAAAGGCGACCCCUCUUUCCUGCCACGUGCGGGAUGACAACUCGCCACUACGCUCAAACAUCCAAGAGGGUGGGCGGCAUGUCGUACAAGCCGCGCAUUUUCGUUGCCUCAUUGGGACAAAUUGCUGACCCUGCGAUCCCUCCCUCGCGCAACAUCAACUCCACGAUUGGCGAUAGCCUGGCGCGCUACCGUGAGCUCUGUAAGAAGGCCGCGAAGGAUGGCCUCCAGGUGCGCGGCUACCUGUCGUGCGUGCUGGGCUGCCCCUACGAGGGCCACAUCUCGCCCAAGAAGGUGGCCGACGUCGCCGCCGAGCUUCACGAGAUGGGCUGCUACGAGAUCUCGCUGGGCGACACCAUCGGCGUGGGCACCGCCGGCUCGACCCAUCGCAUGCUCGACGAGGUGCUCAAGCGGGUGCCGCUCGAGAAGGUGGCCGUGCACUACCACGACACCUAUGGGCAGGCGCUGGCCAACAUCCUCACCUCGCUCCAAUUUGGCGUGGCGACGAUCGACGCGUCCGUUUCGGGCCUCGGCGGCUGCCCCUACGCGGUGGGCGCCACGGGCAACGUCGCCACAGAAGAUGUUGUGUUUAUGCUCCACGGAAUGGGCAUCGAGACCGGGGUGGAUCUGGAGGGACUGGUCGAUGCGGGCGACUUCAUAUCAAAGCAGCUCAGGCGACCUUCCCACUCUCGCGUGGCAGUGGCCCUAGUGCAAAAGAAGAAGGACCACAUGAUGCGGCGGGCGCGGGGCCUCCUGGACGAGCUCAGCAACGGCAAGUUCAGCGCCCCCACAACCAAAACCACCUCCACCUCCACCUCCACCUCCACCACCUCCACUUCAUCCACCGCAUGUGUUUGA